AUGGCCCCAGUGCCAUCUGUUCAGCUACCAGCGUUUGCUCCUUCCGUGCCAAACCUUCAGGUCUCUGCUACGUCUGCCUCGCAAACAGGGGGUGGCCUUUUGGACAGAACGUCUGCCUCGCAAGCGCUCCGACAAACUGAGACGGAUUUUGACAAGAACUUCCUCCUUACGAUUGGCGGUACGCACCCAGGCCCAGUUGACAGCGUCGACAUCCCCACGACCACUCCGAAGCCAAAGCCGUACAUAUUGAAUGCUGGCAAGACUGGUCUUCCCAUUGCCGAGGGCCCUCGGCCUUCUUGGCUAGUGAAAGAGGAUGAGCUGGUGAUCGAUGCUCGCAGCCCGCAGUUCGGCGGAAUGCUGAUUAUUCAACCGGUUCUGAUGGAUGCGGACGGUGGAUGGGGCAAGCCCAAGGCGUCACGUCCUCGCUGGUUGCGCUCCAUCCUCGCCACAAACCGUUUCCAUGCUCGGCAGCACGGACAUGCUGUGGUUUUGAGGUGGCAUCCGACACAUCCGCAGCUCACAAAAUGGCAGCGCCGUCAGUGUGGGUCAAAAGUCGACGAGCGGACUUGCACCAAGAACAACGAACGGGAGAAUUUCAACUGGGAGAAGCACCUCAUGCUCUCGGAGUACCUGACAAGCCCUCAGAAUUUCACCCACGUUCUCAUGCUGGAUGCAGAUGCCGCCCUCGUGAAGCAUCCCCUGAACAUCCUGGGCGAGAUCGCGAAGCAGAUGGAGGCCAGAAAUCUCGAUGUCUUCCUCACAAGCGAGGACUGGCUGAAGUACGGGGAGAACCGCAUCAACGGAGGCUUCCUGAUGACCAGGAAUUCUGCGUGGACGCGGCAUCUUUUCCAGGACACGUUCCGAGCGCACGUGAAAGGUCCGGGCGGCCUUCGCGCCUGGAAGAUCGGCUUGGAGCAUCAGGAAUGUAGCAGCAACGAGCAGAUCUGCCUCAAUGACAUCAUGAGCG